UCCUGAAAGCAAAACCAAAACUCAGUAGGCUGGGCUUCAGUCCUUCCUAAUAAGUGAUUUGAAUCACAACUGAAAGGCAAUGACGUCUUUUCUCAAUGGAAUAUACUUCCAUUAUCUGAUGGCUUUUCACUGUCCAUCUUCCUGUGCCCCUGGACCAGCUAGAAGGAGUCCUGGCUUGGGUCUACUGGUUGUUGCAGUGGUCUAGGCAGCAACCUGGGGUUUUUGUUUUGUUUUCUUUUGGCUGUUUGUUUUGCUGGCUUCUAUGAAGGAAUCUGAUGCAAAGAGCAACUUCUAUUGUUUUUUUGUUUGUUUCUUUGCCUGAGGAGCAAGUGCCAAGUCCUGAUGAGUGAACAAAUCAUCAAGUCAUGAGACCAGCAAAACUACAGAAAGCAAAACAUCAGAAGGGCCUGAGACUUUCAAUUGUCUGUUUCAGAUCCGGUAGAGAACAUGUUCCUCCUCCUGCUAAUUUUGAGCCUGGGAGUACAGCUUCAUCAGACAAGAGCUUUAUUCAGAGUGGUGAUCCCGAAGGAACUGUACACAGCGGAACACGGCAGCAAUGUGACCCUGGAGUGUGAUUUUUACUCUGACGAUGACCUGGAUGUUGAAUAUCUACAAGCCAGUUUGCAAAAGUUGGGAAACAAUAUAUCCUCGAACAGCACCACUUUGCUGAAGGAGCAGCUGCCCCUGGGGAAGGCCUUAUUCCACUUCCCCCGAGUCCAGCUGAGCGAUGCGGGGAAGUACCGCUGCGUGAUCAUCUAUAGGAGCUCCUGGGACUACAAGUACCUGACUCUAAAAGUCAAAGCUUCCUACAAGAAAAUAAACACUCGCAUCCUUCAAGUUCCAGGGACAGAUGAGGUAGAGCUCACCUGCCAGGCUGAAGGGUACCCCCUGGCAGAAGUCUCCUGGCCGAAUAUCAGUUUUUCUGCCAACACUAGCCACAUGGAGACCGCUGACGGCCUCUACCGGGUCACGAGUAUCCUGCGCCUAAAGCUGCUCCCUGGCAGAAACUUCACCUGUGAGUUCUGGAACGCUGACGUGAAGGAACUUACUUCCGCCAUCAUUGACCCUCAAGGUGAGAUGGAACCCGAGGUCCCUUCAACUUGGCUGCUUCAUAUUAUCAUCCCUUCCUUCGUCAUUGCUUUAAUAUUCAUAGUUACAAUGAUAAUCCUGAAAAAACAACUCUGCCAAAAGCUUUCUUCAAGAAAAGGAGAUACACGGAUACAAAUGUGGAAACGUGGUGGCCAUGCGCAAAAACUCAUGUGUCACGAAAAAAGGUUGAGAACCGCUGGUUCUGUGGAUAGAGCUUUAAACCAAAGUCAGAAGAUUUGAACACGCGAUCUCGGGAGCUGGGGUGACUUGAUGGGACAUCCUCAAGAAGCCUCUGGACUCUGAACAAGAAUCCCUUAGCCCACAAGGCUUGUUUGUACUUUUCAAAUGGCCGUACACAACCCAGCACUUUAAUCAGGAGACUACAACAAGGCUAAGCAGCUCCUGGCCACCAUGUGCUCAGAGGAAGGCAGGCAGCCCACCCCUUCACCCAUCCGCUCUCACCUCUACAGCCUGUGACUGAGCAAGCACUAUUGCACUUUAGAAAAUGACCACAUUGGAUCCUGGACCCCAGUUCAUGUCCCGAGGCUCCUUCUGGCUGUCAGAGUAAAAACAAAGGGAAUUAUUUCUCCCUAAGUUUUCAAAAACUUCCCAGAGCAGAGAUGAAUGGAAAUCUUUAGCUGCAGAAAUGGACAGAUUGCCAGUAAUUUUUAUCUAUAGGAAAAGACUAUUGAAACUAUCAGCUCACAGACAGGGCUUUCUACAAAGUCAAGCCAUAAAUGAUGCACUUUAGGGCUUACUGGAAUCAUGAAAGCAUUUAAGUCAUUCUAAUCAACAGGAAGCAUUUAAGUACACAGUGGCCAACUACAAAUCAUGGAGAAAAGCCAUUGAGUAUUUUUGUGAGGUCUAAAUCACAAAGCAUUUAUUUUAUCUGUAAUUACAUCAUGAUGAGUGGUAGUUUUGUUGUUAUUUUAACUACAUCUUUUCUUCCAAACAGUCUGUUGGAUUAUUGUUGGUUUUUAACCUUGUUGGAAAUCAAUGAUAUACAUUUAAAAUUUCUGGCAUGCUAAUAUGCUGUGCCUAAAAAGAUUUCAGAUGAGUAGCCGUAUGGUCAAAGCACCAAAGGGAGGCUCAUUUCCUGGGUCUCUAUAUGACUUUAACUUACCCUUUCAGUGGCUCAGUUUCUAUGUCUGGGAUAUGGUGAUACCCAUUAAUCAAGGCCUUUGAUUAUUGGCACUAUAGAAAUCCUGUGGAUUCCAAUGUGUAUGUCAAUGGGGAGGAUGACUGGACACACCAACAAUAGUUUCAUCAUGUUAAAUUUGAUCUCUAUGCCAGGGCCAUGAAGCUCAGAGCAUUAGUUGACCCAGGAACUAUCCAAAUGUGUAUAUUAGCAAGUAUAACAGUGUCUUAGGGCCUAAAGCAAGCUCUUGAACUGGUGCUCAGGCUAAGGAGAAUUUAGAGUUAAUGAAAAUGAAGGGGUGUGAAAAUGAGUAACAGACAAAUCAUAUAAUACCUAAAUUCCUCCACUCCCUGUCUUUACAAAUCAAAGAAUGCCUUUGAAGAAUGAAACUCAAUUGUUCAUUCUUCAAAGUAUUCCAGAUAUUCUAAUUUUGGCUAAGUGCCCAUCCAGGGCCCAUCCAAGUCAGUAAGUUUAAUAUUCAUCAGGCCAGUUGGCUCCCAGAAGUUUGAAAGCCUUUCACUUGGCUGCCCUCUUCAGAAGGGAGGGGUCCCAGUGCUGUUUGCCAUGUCCUCUGGGUUGGUCUGGGGUCCCUGUUGGAGGAGCAGUACCUCCUAAUGCUGUGGAGAUCAGGGCAGGCAGAUAAGGCCUUCCACUGGGGAAGCAAGCCCACCUAUUCUGAAUCCCCACCUGCCCCCAGAUAUGUGGUUUGCAUGCUAAAUCCUUGGUUGGUGGUGUUUAACUUAGGAACCCAGUUGCAUAAUGGUUUCUGUCAAAAUACUGCCAUCUUUGGUCCUAGAUUUGGGCUAUUCUCCAGAAUACCAAAUAGUGAGAGGGAUCCCCAGUUCCAGUAACCCAAAAUUCAGGCUUCUUCAGAGAAGAAGACCAUAAGGCAGCAUGAUAUACGUUCUAUACUACAGCAUCUAUAAUAAUAAAAGCGUAAUAUGCUAACUAGACUGGAUGUCCUUCUGGAUGACCUUCCGGACAAAGCUGGGGCUGCGAGGGAAGCCUGGGUCCCAGGUGCCAGAAGUAAGCCAGUGCUGGCAGCCAGGGGAAGAAAGGCCUAUUCUUGCAUGAAUUUUGUGCUUUGGGCCUCUAGUAUUCAUUAUAAUAUUGAGGAGAAUGGCUACACUUGACCUUCUGACCUUUUAUGACCUUAAUAUGAUUGACUGAAAAGUAUAUAAAUGGCCAUUUUUAAAAUAAAAUAGCUAGAUGAGUUUUAAGUCUUUAAAAAAAAAGUACCUCUUAAAAGGGAAGCAAAAAUAGCAUUUGGGAGAGUCUAAGGAAUUGAGAAAGACCAAACAAACCAAAAAACACCUAUGAUCUCAUCAUCCAAGCAAAAGUAUUUUCAUUUUUGCUGUCAGCAUUUGCUCUUCUUCCAGACAUGUACAUACCUUCAGCUAUAGUUAGUUGUAACAUGUAAUUUUCUAUUUUUUCCCCAAAUUGUCAUUGUACCAUAAGCAACUAUGUUGCUUACUGGUCUCCCUAAUUAUCAUCUUUAAUGGCUUUAUGGAUCACAGAUUCAUGACAAGAUGGAAUUAGGUCCAAACUCCAUCACCUGGCCACUAUACACCUCUCCCCCCUUAACUGUGGGCAUUAUGUUCCAAGACAUCCAGGGGAUGCCUGAAGCCACAGACAGUGCUGAUAUAUACUGUACUACAUUUUCCCUAUCCAUACAUACAUACCUAUGAUAAAGUUUAAUUUAUAAUGUAAGCACAGUAAGAGAUUAACAACACUAAUAAUAAAACAGAACAAUUAGAAUAAUAUACUCUAAUAAAAUUUAUGUGAAUGUGGCCUCUCCCUUUCAAAGUAUCUCACCUUUUCACUUAAAGCAUUUUACAACUUCUGUUUGGCAUAUCCUAAUUUCCAGCAUCACUACUCUUAUGCUUUGGGGCCAUUAUUAAGUGAAACAAGGGUUACUUAAACACAAUCACUGAGAUACUGUGACAGUCAAUCUGAUAACCAAGCUGGCUAGUAAGUAACAAAUGGGCAGCGAAUAUAUACAGCACAUAUAUGCUGGACAAAGGGAUGGACGCAUGGGUCGGGAAAAAGCUGAUCAGUGUGAGAUUUUAUCAUUAUACUCAAAAGGGCUCACAAUUUAAAACUUUUGAAGUAGUUAUUUCUGAAAUUUUUCAUUUAAUAUUUUUGUAUCACUGUUGACUGCAGCUAACUAAAACUGUGGGAAGUGAAACCACAGAUAAGGGGGACUACUGUAAGCCCCUGUUUGACCAGUGGACCACAGUGGCAUUUGGGGUUCUUAAGGAUUAGCAUCAUUUCAGAACAGUGGUUAGGAAUCCCUGAAAAGCCGGGGUAUUUCCAUUUCUCCCAGUGCACAGACACCUUAGUAAAUGAUUUGGGGAUGGCUUGGAGGGAGAGCUACAGUAAGUAUUUGUGGUAUUGUUGCAGAGUCCUUUCUCAAGGGGUCUCUUCUUCCUCUCCAACCCAGAGCUUCAGAUCUGUGAACUAAUAAGGUCUGGGAAUGUAAGAAGCUGUGAUUCUCAGUUGUGAGAACUCAAGUUAUAUUUCUAUUGCUUUGGUAGUCCAGCCAUAUGUUUAAUUCUUAGGGUCAACCACCACCAAAGAUUUUUUUUACUUUGAGUAAAAAAUUCUGAUUGCCACUCUGGGAUCUCAUUAUCCCCACUGAAAUUAGGAAGCCCAUCUCAAUGGCAGCAUUUCCCACUAUUGUCCUUGGUCUACCUGGAGGUGUUUAAGGUUGCUGGGGCUGCCUCACUAAUGCAUUUCUCAAUACUUUAGUGAAGUGAAUAUUCCUUGGACACUUUCAGGGCCCAGUGGGGUGAGGAAAGAUGGACAGGUUACACAUAAUAAACUACUCCAUUAUUCCUAUCUCUCUAAGCCUUUAGAAUUCUUCCUGUACAUUAUGUCAGAGAAAUUCUUCUGUCAACCGAACACCAUUGAAUGUAGCUUGCUAUUGAGCCCAGGUUUCAGCCAACCAAGUAAGCCAAUUGUGCCAUCUCUAGCUGUUCAAGCAAAUGCACAUAUUUUAGCUAGCUCUUGCUGUAUAAUAAAACUUGUGGCUUAUGUUCAUCA